UCGUCUUAUUCGUAUAGUAAGAAGGAAAGAAGCUAGUGUGUACUGAGCGAGUGGAUUAGUGUGGUAAAUCAAGAAACGGACAAAUAACAGGCAGGCAUGGCUGGACUGCCGAAAGCGGACGAGUUGGACUGCUCGCAUCGGGCACGAGGCGUGUGGCUCGUCAAGGUGCCCAAGUAUGUGGCCGAGGCCUGGGACAAGGUGGCUGGCGAUGCCGAGGCAGCCAAGUUGCGCAUUGAAAAGACACCGGGAAUGAAGCCGAAUGUGUCGCUCACGUUGUCCGAGGCGGCCAUGUCGGCACUGAACAUGACUGGGGCGACGGCGACGUCGUCGCAGUCAAUGAAUCGGGCCAAAGCCGUGCCGCGGGACUACAAGCUCGCCGUCGCUACCAUGUCUGCUCAAACGCUGGCCAUUUUCUCGCAGUCGGAAUCGAUUCUGUCGGGUAAGGAAGGAAGCCUUGGUAGUCUGUUGGGCUGGGUUGAAGGAAUGGAUUCCGGGAUGGGCUAA